AUGGCUGAUGCUCUAGCCACGCUGGCAUCCUUAUGGGAGAAGGGUGAUCAGAAGCUGACCCAGCUAGUUAUCCUGAUGAGGAGUAGAAUCCCAUGCUAUGAAGGGUUAAUAAUAGCACAUUUAGAUCUAGAAGAUGAGAUGAAAUGGUAUGAGGACAUAAGAAGAUAUUUAGAGGUAAGAGAAUACCCACAGUCAGCCAAUAGUAGGGAUAGAGAUACAAUUCGUAGAUUAGCCACUCAGUUCACUUUGGCAGGGGGGCAACUCUAUAAAAGGUUCUUCGAAAGACUAUUGCUCUUAUGUGUGACAAAAAAACAGUCUGAGCAGAUAAUGGAGGAAGUACAUGCAAGAGUGUGUGGUCCUCACAUGAACGGAAGGGCAUUAGCAGGCAAAAGUUUAAGAUUGGGCUAA